UCAAUUUAGCGAAAAGCUAAAACAGAAAAUGGCAGACACUCACGCACACUUUUUUCAUGUUUUUUGCACUAUCUUUAUAUUAAUUUUAUGCAUAUGUUGCUCUAUAUCUCAUGUUCUAGGACAUUCAUACAAUAUUGUGGGAGAGCAUGUUACCCUCAACUCCAACGAGAUGGAAAUUGGUGACUGCAGCAACCCCAAUAGCGAAGAUUUAUUGUAUUACGGAAAUAAUUCGCUACCAGCACGUUCAUCGAUAGACGCAGCGGUGACUUUCUCUACUACAUUUUCCACCAGAGGUAGCGAAAUCAUUUACUGUUUGAUGUUAAAAGGCAACGACGAUACUGCUAUCACCAUUACUGCCGGUGGCAUCAAUUCGCAAAGCGUCACUUUUGUACAAAACUGUAACGCGGGCCGAAGUUCAGAAGCUGUACUCUUGGUAUAUGGUAGAUAAACAAAAAGUAUUACAUGAUGUCUAAAUAAAACCAGCAAUUAUACUGUUUCAUUACAAGCCCCAAAUUGGUUUUGGUCACCGUCACCAAU